CUUCCCAUCCCUCUUGUAGAAGUGCUCACUGGGAGUUCAGUGCUGAGUGCCUGGAGCUGAGCUCAUGUCAAAUUUCUGCGACUUCUUCUUACUGAAGACUGGAAAGGAUCCUUGGAAAUCCUCAAGCAUAACAAUGGAGACAGUGACCUUUCAGGAUGUAGCUGUGAAGUUCACCCCAGCAGAGUGGGACUUGCUGACUCCAUCCCAAAAGAAGCUCUACAGAAGAGUGAUGUGGGAAACAUAUAUGAAUAUUACUGCAACAAGAAGAAUAUGGAAUAAUCAGCAAAUUAAGGAAGAGGACAAAAAUUGCUCAAGUAGUAUAAGAUGUGAUGAAAGCAAUUAUUUGAGAAUUGAAGAGCAGCAAUAUAAAUGUAAUGAAGAUGUAGAGACCUGCAGUGAUUUCCACUCCUUUUGGAAGCAUGAAAUGAGGAAGACUGUAGAGAGACCCUGUGAAUAUGGGCAAUAUGAGGAGGAGAGAUCUGAUAUUAGUGAACAAACACACGCUGGGCAGAAAAUUUUUGCAGGUAACAAAAGUGUCAAAGCCCACACAUCACCUAACAGUGUUCAAACCCCCAAGACAAACCACGAUUCAGGUAACUCGUAUGUACAAAAACACUAUGAGAAUAAUUCUAUUUCUUCAUCCAAUAUUGAAAAACCUGUUAGAAAAUAUGGUAUAGAGAAAGAUCAUAUAACUGAAAAAUGUGCAAAAGCAUUAUCUCACAGUAAUAUCUUUAAAAAACAUAAGAAACUUCACACUGGAAAGCAACCAUAUGAAUGCAAGCAAUGUGGGACAGCAUUCAGUAAACUCAGUGGCUGUCAAAGUAAUAAAAACAUUCACACUGGGGAGAAAUCCUUUGCAUGCAACAAAUGUGGGAAAGCAUUCAGUACAGCCUCUGCUUGUGAAGUACAUGAUAGAAUUCACACUGGGGAGAAACGCUUUGUAUGCAAGCAAUGUGGGAAAUCUUUCAGUCAAAAUCGUGACUUUAUUACACAUGAAAUAAUUCACACUGGGGAGAAACGCUUUGCAUGCAACAAAUGUGGGAAAGCAUUCAAUCAAAAGUCUAUCCUUAUUAGACAUGAAAGAAUUCACACAGGGGAUAAACCUUAUGUAUGCAACAAAUGUGGGAAAGCAUUCAAUCAAAAGUCUAUCCUUAUUAGACAUGAAAGAAUUCACACAGGUGAUAAACCUUAUGUAUGCAACAAAUGUGGGAAAGCAUUCAAUCAAAAGUCUAUCCUUAUUAGACAUGAAAGAAUUCACACAGGGGAUAAACCUUAUGUAUGCAACAAAUGUGGGAAAGCAUUCAAUCACGCAUCUGCUUGUAAAGCACAUGAUAGAAUUCACACUGGGGAAAAACCCUUUGUAUGUAAGCCAUGUGGGAAAUCUUUCAAUCAAAAGUCUAACCUUAUUAAACAUGAAAGAAUUCACAAAGGGGAUAAGCCUUAUGUAUGCAAUAAAUGUGGGAAAGCAUUCAGUACAUCCUCUACUUGUAAAACACAUGACAGUAUUCACUCUGGGGAGACACCCUUUGUAUGUAAGCAAUGUGGUAAAUCUUUCAGUCGAAAUAGUGACCUUAUUAAACAUGAAAGAAUUCACACAGGGGAUAAACCCUAUGUAUGCAACAAAUGUGGGAAAGCAUUCAGUACAUCCUCUGCUUGUAAAGUACAUGACAGAAUUCACUCUGGGGAGAAACCCUUUGUAUGUAAGCCAUGUGGGAAAUCUUUCAAUCAAAAGUCUAACCUUAUUAGACAUGGAAGAAUUCACACAGGUGAUAAACCCUAUGUAUGCAACAAAUGUGGGAAAGCAUUCAGUACAUCCUCUGCUUGUAAAUCACAUGAUAGAACUCACAUUGGGGAGAAACCCUUUGUAUGUGAGCAAUGGGGGAAAUCUUUCUGUCAAAGCAGUCACCUUAUUAUUCAUGAAAGAACUCACACUGGAUAGAACAACAAUUAUGCCAAAACAGACAGUAUGCAGAAGUGCUGAAAAUAAACCCUUUCCAUUGAAGUAAGCAACUUGUGAUGUAUUUUAGCUAUAAUAGUAGCUUUCUUGUAUAGAAAAUAAUUCUCUCUAUAAAAAUUCCCUAUCUAUAUGAGAAAUGAGUAAAUGGAUUUGUUUAUACAUUCUCACUAUACAAAACCAAAUAUCCCACACUGGGAAAAAAAUCCCAUGAACAUAAGGAAUAUAGGAAGACUUUCCAUACCAUUGAGAUUGCCACUACAUUUAAGAACUACCUCGGUGUAGUAAUUCUAUGCAUUUGAACAAUGGUAGAUCAUAUGUAGCACACAAAAAUGCCAUAGGGAAAUUUUGCACACAAGGAAGAUAUCCUAUAUAUGUAGGCAGUAUGGCAAAGAUUUGCUGCAGUGUUUCCCUUUGGCAAACAUAAGAUUCCUCUCACAUUGGGGAGUAACUGUAUGUAAGAAAGAUUUGGUAGACGUUCAGCUGACAGCUGCUAACCUUCUGAGUGAUGUCAUACUAUGUCCCGAGGUUAUGUAUGCAAUGUGGGAAAGCACUCAGUAUACAUGGCUAUUGUCAAAAGUGUGAAAGUAAUCCUAGUUAAGUGAAAUCAUACAUAUUUAGGGGACUAUUCUGAAAAUAAUUUCAAAAUUAGUCAUGUAGAGGAGAUCUGCCAAAAUAUUAUAAAAUAAUUUCUGUCAAUAUAUAUUCAUACAUUUUUUAAGACAACCUGAAACAGAAUCAUCCUAAAAUAUUUUUGUCUUGUUUUACAAAUUACACAUAAAUAUUUUAUCUGUCUGUAGUCUUAAUAAAGAUAUUGCACUUUUUAAUGAAAAUUUAAGUAUGCUAUAUCAUUUUUUCCAUGUUUUGAACCGCCCAUGUCUUGUUUUGAUGGAUGACAUCAAAUUAUCUCAUGACAAUUUUUCCCAUCAGAAUCUGUAACUCAUAUCAGUUUACCAAGAAGUGUCUAUACAUUCAUAUUCAAAUUAUGCUUGUAUUCAGCUUGUAUUCAUGGCCUGUAUCCAUGUAGCCAUCCUAAUGUUAAGAUAUACCAUCACAAAUGCAAAGGCAGACACAUUCACUGUCAGAAACAAGAAUGAAAUUAAAUUAGGGAGAAAUCUUAUCAUCAAGACAUUUAGAAACAUGUUCAGUACACAAACAUGUUAUAAAAACAUGAUAGAACUCUCAGUAGGGAGAACACCUAUAUAGGUGCAUAAUGUGGAAAAUCUUUCAAUCAAUAUUGUAAUGUUGUCCAUAAAAUAAUUCACAUGGGAGAAAACUUAUAUAAGUCAUAACUUAAAAUCUCUGCUGAUAAUCCACAUUUUCUAGACCUAGAAGAUCCCACAUAGAGAAAAAACUUGAGUAUGUAAGCUGUGUGGGAAAUCUACCAGCCAAGCCCAUACCUUGUAAAUGCAUUAAAGAUUUCACAAUGGGAAGAAACCCUAUGUAGGUAAGCAACUUGGGAAAACAUUCAGUUCCUUUUGUACUUGAUGAACACAUGAAAGAAACCACAAUGGGGAGAAUCUGUAUGCAUGUAAGCAAUGCAGCAAAUUUGUCCACCACCAGUGAUUAUAAUGACAUGAAAGAGUUCAUAUAAGGAAGUAACCCUAUGCAUUCCAACAAUGGAAAAAAGCAUUCAGUGCAAAAUAAUGCCACCAAAUAAGGAAAUAAUGCAAACAGGGAAACAUUUCAUGUAAGUAGUUAAUGUGAGAAGGAUUUCUUGCAAAUUUUUGCAUUGUAUAAAUGCUAAAUUUCUCACACACUGGGUUACAGUUGUGAAAAAAUGUGUUGAGCAAAAUUUUCCAUUGACAGAGAUGCUAACCUCCAAAAUUAUGCCUCUGUAUGCUGUCUGAGAAAGCGCUCAGUAUUCCUGCGUAUGGUCAAAUACAUGAAAGUCAGCACUAUGAAAACAAAUUGGACAUAUGUAAGUGACUAUUUUGAAAAUACUUUGCAAAUUACUCUUGUAGUCAAGAUCUGUAGAAAUACCAAAAAAAACAUGUGAAUAUAUUUUCAUAGAAUGUCCAGUGAUCACAGUUGAAGAUGGAGAUGUCCCAUUCACUUUAUGCUUCAGUAUCACACAUAACUAGCUGAACUAUUUGUAGGCUUACUAUUAAAAAUAUAGUUUUUAAAGAUAAUUCAAGGAUUCUGAAGAAUUUCCCCCUCAUUUUUGAUCCACCAACAUCUGCAUAGAAGACACCUAUUUUUUCACACUCUUUUCCAGUUGGAUGUGUAUAAAUUAUUUCAUGUAAAAGGAUCUUCACAAACACAGCAUCAGUGUCCUUCACAACAGCUCAUGAAAUGCAACUAUGCAUGUAUGCUUAUGAUAAGAUAAUCGCAAAAGAAAAUUUAAAAUAUGUAUAAAUGCAUUAGUGCCUGUUUUUAGUUCACAAUGUAAGUGUUCAUCCUUGGAAGGCAUCAGUGUGUAUAAUAGGUGUGAGUUCAUUAUUGUUGCCUUAACAUGCCCAAUUUAUGUUUUUUCUCUUUUUGAUCAUCUCUAUUU